AUGGAGGAGGUGGACAAUAACCUCCACUGCCCCCCAAUGAGGACAAGGUGUGGCCCCAGAAGCGGCUGUCCGGGGCUGCCUGCUGCGAUCACUCAGGCACCAGAACACAGAGACGCCCACCUGGUCCUGGGGGAGAGAGGCUGUACCACGGGGGCAUUAGCCGCAUUGGACGUGGAAUGCGAAGAAGCCAAGCUGCGACUGUGCCGGGAGGCCAGGCUAAAAUGGGGGGCGGAACAGCGAGAACCAACCAACAACGACUACUCACUCUCAGAGACAGUCAUUAUUCUUGAAGACUAUGCAGAUCCAUUUGAUGCUCAGACUGGCAUGAACUCGACUGGCCAGGACAGAGUGGUGGUGAACGAUGGUUAUAUGGAACCGUACGAGGCCCAAAGAAUGAUGGCAGAGAUACGGCGGAGAGGUUCCAAGGAAGCCCCUCCCGGCAAGCCGCUGCCCCUGUACGACACGCCCUACGAGCCCGUGGAGAACGGCGUCGGCCACGGCGAGCGAGCGGCGGAGAGGGUGUCCGCCCAGCGGCCCCGCGACAGCCGUCUCCCCGAAGACGACGAGCGGCCCCCGGGGGAAUACGACCAGCCCUGGGAGUGGAAGAAGGAACGCAUCUCCAAGGCCUUCGCAGUGCCAUUGGAGGAGGUGGACAAGAACCUCCACUCGCCCCCCAAUGAGGACAAGGUGUGGCCCCAGAAGCGGCUGUCCGGGGCCUGCCUGCGCUCACUCCGGCACCAGAACACAGAGACGCCCACUGUCCUGGGGGAGAGGGUGGAACCGCAACUACCCCUCGUCAGCCAGACCUGGUACCACGGGGGGCCAUUAGCCGCAUGGACGCUGAGAAGCCACAAGCUGGUAACCCCAGGUGGGGCCCAUUAA